AGCAGGCGCACGCGCGGGAGCGGGACUCGGCGGCAUGGCGGGCUCCGGAGCCGGUGUGCGUUGCUCCUUGCUGCGGCUGCAGGAGACCUUGUCCGCCGCGGACCGCUGCGGUGCUGCCCUGGCCGGUCAUCAGCUGAUCCGCGGCCUGGGGCAGGAAUGCGUGCUGAGCGGCAGCCCCGCGUUGCUGGCAUUACAGACAUCUUUAGUUUUUUCCAGAGAUUUCGGUUUGCUUGUAUUUGUCCGGAAGUCACUCAACAGUAUUGAAUUUCGUGAAUGUAGAGAAGAAAUCCUAAAGUUUUUAUGUAUUUUCUUAGAAAAAAUGGGCCAGAAGAUGGCGCCUUACUGUCUUGAAAUUAAGAAUACUUGUACCAGUGUUUAUACAAAAGAUAGAGCUGCUAAAUGUAAAAUUCCAGCCCUGGACCUUCUUAUUAAGUUACUUCAGACUUUUAGAAGUUCUAGACUCAUGGAUGAAUUGAAAAUUGGAGAAUUGUUUAGUAAAUUCUAUGGAGAGCUUGCAUUGAAAAAAAAAAUACCAGAUACAGUUUUAGAAAAAGUAUAUGAGCUCUUGGGAUUAUUGGGUGAAGUUCAUCCUAGUGAGAUGAUAAACAAUGCAGAAAACCUGUUCCGUGCUUUUCUGGGUGAACUUAAGACCCAGAUGACAUCAGCAGUAAGAGAGCCCAAGCUACCUGUUGUGGCAGGCUGUUUGAAGGGGUUGUCCUCGCUUCUGUGCAACUUCACUAAGUCCAUGGAAGAAGAUCCCCAGACUUCAAAGGAGAUUUUUAAUUUUGUUCUGAAGGCAAUUCGUCCUCAGAUUGAUCUGAAGAGAUAUGCCGUGCCCUCAGCUGGCUUGCGCUUAUUUGCCCUGCACGCAUCUCAGUUUAGCACCUGCCUUCUGGACAAGUACGUGUCUCUAUUUGAAGUCCUGUUAAAGUGGUGUGCCCACACAAAUGUAGAAUUGAAAAAAGCUGCACAAUCAGCCCUGGAAUCCUUUCUGAAACAGGUUUCUUAUAUGGUGGCGAAAAAUGCAGAAAUGCAUAAGAGUAAGCUGCAGUACUUUAUGGAGCAGUUUUAUGGAAUCAUCAGAAACAUGGAUUCAAACAACAAGGAGUUAUCCAUUGCUAUCCGUGGAUAUGGACUUUUUGCAGGGCCUUGCAAGGUUAUAAAUGCAAAAGAUGUUGACAUCAUGUACAUUGAGCUCAUUCAGCGCUGCAAGCAGAUGUUCCUCACCCAGACAGACAUUGGUGAUGACCGUGUUUAUCAGAUGCCAAGCUUCCUGCAGUCUAUUGCAAGUGUCUUGCUGUACCUUGACACGGUUCCUGAGAUAUAUACUCCAGUUCUGGAGCACCUCGUGGUGAUGCAGAUAGACAGUUUCCCACAGUACAGUCCAAAAAUGCAGUUGGUGUGUUGCAGAGCCAUAGUGAAGGUGUUUCUAGCCUUGGCAGCAAAAGGACCAGUUCUCAGGAAUUGCAUUAGUACUGUGGUGCAUCAGGGGUUAAUCAGAAUAUGUUCUAAACCAGUGGUCCUUCCAAAGGGUGCUGAGUCUGAAUCUGAAGACCACCGUGCUUCAGGGGAAGUCAGAACUGGCAAAUGGAAGGUGCCCACAUACAAAGACUAUGUGGAUCUCUUCAGACAUCUCCUGAGCUCUGACCAGAUAAUGGAUUCUAUUUUAGCAGAUGAAGCAUUUUUCUCUGUGAAUUCCUCCCAUCAAAGCCUGAGUCAUUUACUUUAUGAUGAAUUUGUAAAAUCUGUUUUGAAGAUUGUUGAGAAAUUGGAUCUUACACUAGAAACACAGACUGCUGGGGAACAAGAGAACGGAGAUGAGGCGCCUGGUGUUUGGGUGAUCCCGACUUCAGAUCCAGCGGCUAACUUGCAUCCAGCUAAACCUAAAGAUUUUUCGGCUUUCAUUAACCUGGUGGAAUUUUGCAGAGAGAUUCUCCCUGAGAAACAAGUUGAAUUUUUUGAACCGUGGGUGUACUCAUUUUCACAUGAGUUAAUUUUACAGUCGACAAGGUUGCCCCUCAUCAGUGGUUUCUACAAAUUGCUUUCUAUUACAGUAAGAAAUGCCAAGAAAAUAAAAUAUUUUGAGGGAGUUAGUCCAAAGAGUUUGCAGCACUCUCCUGAAGACCCAGAAAAGUAUUCUUGCUUUGCUUUAUAUAUGAAAUUUGGCAAAGAGGUGGCAGUUAAAAUGAAGCAAUACAAAGAUGAACUUUUGGCCUCCUGUUUGACCUUUCUUCUGUCCCUCCCACAUGACAUCAUCAAACUCGAUAUUAGAGCCUAUGUUCCUGUGCUGCAGAUGGCUUUCAAACUGGGCCUGAGCUAUGCCCCCUUGGCAGAAGUAGGCCUGAAUGCUCUGGAAGAAUGGUCAGUUUACAUCCACAAACAUGAAAUGCAGCCUUAUUACAAAGAUAUUCUCCCCUGCCUGGAUGGAUACCUGAAGAUUUCAGCCUUGUCAGAUGAGACCAAGAGUAACUGGGAAGUGUCUGCUCUUUCUCGGGCUGCCCAGAAAGGAUUUAAUAAAGCCGUAUUAAAGCAUCUGAAGAAGGCAAAGAACCUUUCAUCAAGUGAAGCAAUAUCCUUAGAAGAAAUAAGAAUUAGAGUAGUACAAAUGCUUGGAUCUCUGGGAGGACGAAUAAACAAAAAUCUUCUGACAGUUACCUCCUCAGAUGAGAUGAUGAAGAGUUAUGUGGCCUGGGACAGAGAGAAGCGGCUGAGCUUUGCAGUGCCCUUUAGGGAGAUGAAGCCUGUCAUUUUCCUGGAUGUGUUCCUUCCUCGGGUCACAGAAUUGGCGCUGACAGCCAGUGACAGACAAACUAAAGUUGCAGCCUGUGAACUUUUACAUAGCAUGGUUAUGUUUAUGUUGGGCAAAGCCACGCAGAUGCCAGAAGGGGCACAGGGAGUCCCACCCAUGUACCAGCUCUAUAAGCGGACGUUUCCUGUGCUGCUUCGACUUGCAUGUGAUGUUGAUCAGGUGACAAGGCAACUAUAUGAGCCACUGGUUAUGCAACUAAUUCACUGGUUCACUAACAAUAAGAAAUUUGAAAGUCAGGAUACUGUUGCCUUACUAGAAGCUAUAUUGGAUGGAAUCGUGGACUCUGUUGACAGUACGUUAAGAGAUUUCUGUGGUCAGUGUAUUCGAGAAUUCCUUAAGUGGUCCAUUAAACAAACAACACCACAGCAGCAGGAGAAGAGUCCAGUAAACACCAAAUCACUUUUCAAGCGACUGUACAGCCUCGCACUUCACCCCAAUGCUUUCAAGAGGCUGGGAGCAUCACUUGCCUUUAAUAAUAUCUAUAGGGAAUUCAGGGAAGAAGAGUCUCUGGUGGAACAGUUUGUGUUCGAAGCCUUGGUGAUAUACAUGGAAAGUCUGGCCUUAGCACAUGCAGACGAGAAGUGCUUAGGUACAAUUCAACAGUGUUGUGAUGCCAUUGAUCACCUAUGCCGCAUCAUUGAAAAGAAGCAUGUUUCUUUAAACAAAGCAAAAAAACGACGUUUGCCUCGAGGUUUUCCACCAUCAGCAUCAUUGUGUUUAUUGGAUCUGGUCAAGUGGCUUUUAGCUCAUUGUGGGAGGCCCCAGACAGAAUGUCGACACAAAUCCAUUGAACUCUUUUAUAAAUUCGUUCCUUUAUUGCCAGGCAAUAGAUCCCCUAAUUUAUGGCUGAAAGAUGUUCUCAAGGAAGAAGGUGCCUCUUUUCUCAUCAACAUCUUUGAGGGGGGCGGCUGUUGCCAGCCCUCAGGGAUCCUGGCUCAGCCCACCCUCCUGCACCUGCGGGGGCCAUUCAGCCUUAGGGCCACGCUUUGCUGGCUGGACCUGCUCCUGGCUGCACUGGAAUGCUACAACACGUUCAUCGGGGAGAGAACUGUGGGGGCGCUCCAGGUCCUAGGUAUUGAAGCACAGUCUUCACUUUUGAAAGCAGUGGCUUUCUUUUUAGAAAGUAUUGCUAUGCAUGACGUUAUAGCAGCAGAAAAGUGCUUUGGCGCUGGGGCAGCAGGUACCACACCAGGCCCACAAGAGGCAGAAAGGUACAACUAUAGCAAAUGCACCGUUGUCGUUCGGAUUAUGGAGUUCACCACAACUCUCCUGAACACCUCCCCCGAAGGAUGGAAGCUCCUGAAGAAGGACUUGUGUAACACACACCUGAUGAGAGUCCUGGUGCAGACGCUGUGUGAGCCUGUGAGCGUAGGAUUCAACAUCGGAGACGUCCAGGUUAUGGAUCAUCUUCCUGAUGUUUGUGUGAACCUAAUGAAAGCGCUAAAGAUGUCGCCAUACGAAGAUAUCCUAGAGACCCACCUGAGAGAGAAAAUAACAGCACAGAGGAUUGAGGAGCUUUGUGCCGUCAACUUGUAUGGCCCUGAUGCACAAGUGCACAGGAGCAGGCUGGCUGCUGCUGUGUCUGCCUGCAAGCAGCUUCACAGAGCUGGGCUUCUGCAUGGUAUAUUACCAUCUCAGUCCACAGAUCUGCAUCAUUCCCUUGGCAUAGAACUUCUUACCCUGGUUUAUAAAAGCAUUGCUCCUGGAGAUGAGAGACAGUGUCUGCCUUCUCUAGACCCCAGUUGUAAGCAGCUGGCCACCGGACUUCUGGAGUUAGCCUUUGCUUUUGGAGGACUGUGUGAGCGCCUUGUGAGUCUUCUCCUGAACCCAGCACUGCUGUCCACACCAUCCUUGAGCAGCUCACAGAGCAGCGUCAUCCACUUCUCCCAUGGGGAGUAUUUCUAUAGCUUGUUCUCAGAAACGAUCAACACGGAAUUGUUGAAAAAUAUGGAUCUUGCUGUAUUGGAGCUCAUGCAGUCAUCAAUGGAUAAUCCCAAAAUGGUGAGUGCCGUUUUGAACGGCAUGCUAGACCAGAGCUUCAGGGAGCGAGCAAGCCAGAAACACCAAGGACUGAAACUUGCGACUGUAAUUCUGCAGCACUGGAAGAAGUGUGAUUCAUGGUGGGCCAAGGAUUCCCCUCUCGAAAGUAAAAUGGCAGUGCUGACCUUACUGGCAAAAAUUUUACAGAUUGAUUCGUCUGUAUCUUUUAAUACAAGUCAUGGUUCAUUCCCUGAAGUCUUUACAACAUAUCUUAGUCUACUUGCUGACACAAAGCUGGAUCUACAUUUAAAGGGCCACGCUGUCACUCUUCUUCCGUUCUUCACCAGCCUCACUGGAGGUAGUCUGGAGGAACUUAGGCGUGUUCUGGAGCAGCUCAUCGUUGCUCACUUCCCCAUGCAGUCCAGGGAAUUUCCCCCAGGAACUCCGCGGUACAAUAAUUACGUGGACUGCAUGAAAAAGUUUCUAGAUGCAUUGGAAUUAUCUCAAAGUCCUAUGUUGUUGGAAUUGAUGACAGAAGUUCUUUGUCGGGAACAGCAUCAUGUCAUGGAAGAAUUAUUUCAAUCCAGUUUCAAGAGGAUUGCCAGAAGGGGUUCAUGCGUUACACAAGUAGCCCUUCUGGAAAGUGUAUACGAAAUGUUCAGGAAGGACGACCCCCGCCUAAGUUUCACACGCCAGUCCUUUGUGGAUCGUUCCCUUCUCACUCUGUUGUCUCACUGUAGCCUGGAUGCUUUGAGGGAAUUCUUCAGCAGAAUUGUGGUGGAUGCCAUUGAUGUAUUGAAGUCCAGGUUUACAAAGCUGAAUGAAUCUACCUUUGAUACUCAAAUCACCAAGAAGAUGGGCUAUUAUAAGAUGCUAGAUGUGAUGUAUUCUCGUCUUCCCAAAGAUGAUGUUCACGCUAAGGAAUCUAAAAUUAAUCAAGCUUUCCAUGGCUCCUGUAUUACAGAAGGAAAUGAACUUACAAAGACACUGAUUAAAUUGUGCUAUGACGCAUUUACAGAGAACAUGGCCGGAGAGAAUCAGCUGCUGGAGAGGAGAAGACUUUACCAUUGUGCAGCAUACAACUGCGCCAUAUCUGUCAUCUGCUGCGUCUUCAAUGAGUUAAAAUUUUACCAAGGGUUUCUGUUUAGUGAAAAACCAGAAAAGAACUUGCUUAUUUUUGAAAAUCUGAUAGACCUGAAGCACCGCUACAAUUUUCCUGUCGAAGUUGAGAUUCCUAUGGAGAGAAGGAAAAAGUACAUUGAAAUUAGAAAAGAAGCCAGAGGAGCAGCAAGUGGGGAUUCAGAUGGUCCUUACUAUAUGUCUUCUCUGUCAUAUUUGGCAGACAGUACCCUGAGUGAGGAAAUGAGUCAAUUUGAUUUCUCAACCGGAGUUCAGAGCUAUUCAUAUAGCUCCCAAGACUCUAGACCUACCAUUGGUCGUUUUCGGAGACGGAUGAUCACAUUUCACGAGCAGCAGGACCCUGCAGUGCAUGCUGAUGUGCUGGAGCUGGAAAUGGACGAGCUCAAUCGGCACGAGUGCAUGGCGCCCCUGACUGCCCUGGUGAAGCACAUGCACAGAAGCGUGGGCCCACCUCCAGGAGAAGAGGAGUCGGUGCUAAGGGAUCUUCCUCCUUGGAUGAAAUUUCUCCAUGGCAAACUGGGAAAUCCAAUAGUUCCAUUAAAUAUCCGUCUCUUCUUAGCCAAGCUUAUUGUUAAUACAGAAGAGGUCUUUCGCCCUUAUGCGAAGCACUGGCUUAGCCCCUUGCUGCAGCUGGCUGUUUCUGAAAACAAUGGAGGAGAAGGAAUUCACUACAUGGUGGUUGAGAUAGUGGCCACCGUUCUUUCAUGGACAGGCUUGGCCACUCCAACAGGGGUCCCCAAAGAUGAAGUGUUAGCAAAUCGAUUGCUUAAUUUCCUAAUGAAACAUGUUUUUCAUCCAAAAAGAGCUGUGUAUAGACACAACCUUGAAAUUAUAAAGACCCUUGUCGAGUGCUGGAAGGAUUGCUUAUCCAUCCCUUAUAGGUUAAUAUUUGAAAAGUUUUCCGGUAAAGAUCCUAAUUCUAAAGACAACUCAGUAGGGAUUCAAUUGCUAGGCAUCGUGAUGGCCAACGACCUGCCUCCCUAUGACCCACAGUGUGGCAUCCAGAGUAGCGAAUACUUUCAAGCUUUGGUGAAUAAUAUGUCCUUUGUAAAAUAUAAAGAAGUGUAUGCUGCUGCAGCAGAAGUUCUAGGACUUAUACUUCGAUAUGUUAUGGAGAGAAAAAAUAUACUGGAGGAGUCUCUGUGUGAACUAGUUGCGAAACAAUUGAAACAACAUCAGAAUACUAUGGAGGACAAGUUUAUUGUGUGCUUGAACAAAGUGACCAAGAGCUUCCCUCCUCUUGCAGACAGGUUCAUGAAUGCUGUGUUCUUUCUGCUACCAAAAUUUCAUGGAGUGUUGAAAACACUCUGUCUGGAGGUGGUACUUUGUCGUGUGGAGGCAAUGACAGAGCUGUACUUCCAGUUAAAGAGCAAGGACUUCGUUCAAAUCAUGAGACAUAGAGAUGAUGAAAGACAAAAAGUAUGUUUGGACAUAGUUUAUAAGGUGAUGCCAAAAUUAAAACCAGUUGAACUCCGAGAACUUCUGAACCCUGUUGUGGAAUUUGUUUCCCAUCCUUCUACAACAUGUAGGGAACAAAUGUAUAAUAUUCUCAUGUGGAUUCAUGACAAUUACAGAGAUUCAGAAAGUCAGACAGAUAAUGACUCCCAAGAAAUAUUUAAGCUGACAAAAGAUGUGCUGAUUCAAGGAUUGAUCGAUGAGAACCCUGGACUUCAAUUAAUUAUUCGAAAUUUCUGGAGCCAUGAAACUAGGUUACCUUCAAAUACCUUGGACCGGUUGCUGGCACUGAAUUCCUUAUAUUCUCCUAAGAUAGAAGUGCACUUUCUAAGUUUAGCAACAAAUUUUCUGCUUGAAAUGACCAGCAUGAGCCCAGAUUAUCCAAACCCCAUGUUCGAGCAUCCUCUGUCAGAAUGCGAAUUUCAGGAAUACACCAUUGAUUCUGACUGGCGUUUCCGAAGUACUAUUCUCACUCCGAUGUUUGUGGAGACCCAGGCCUCUCAGGGCACUCUCCAGACCCGUACCCAGGAAGGGUCCCUCUCAGCCCGCUGGUCGACGGCAGGGCAGAUAAGGGCCACCCAGCAGCACUAUGACUUCACACCGACACAGACUUCAGAUGGAAGAAGCUCAUUUGAUUGGCUGACCGGGAGCAGCACUGACCCGUUGGCCGACCACACCGGCCCCUCAUCUGACUCCUUGCUGUUUGCCCACAAGAGGAGUGAAAGGUCACAGAGAGUACCCUUGAAGUCAGUGGGGCCUGAUUUUGGGAAGAAAAGGCUGGGCCUUCCAGGGGAUGAGGUGGAUAACAAAGUGAAAGGUGUGGCUGGCCGGGUGGACCUACUGCGGCUGCGCAGACGGUUUCUGAGGGACCAGGAAAGGCUCAAUUUGAUUUAUGCCAGAAAAGGCCUUGCUGAGCAAAAACGAGAGAGGGAAAUCAAGAGCGAGUUAAAAAUGAAGCAGGACGCCCAGGUCAUUCUGUACAGAAGCUACCGGCACGGAGACCUUCCUGACAUUCAGAUCAAGUACAGCAGCCUCAUCACCCCCUUGCAGGCAGUAGCCCAGAGAGACCCAAUAAUUGCAAAACUGCUUUUUAGCAGCUUGUUUUCUGGAAUUUUGAAAGAGAUGGAUAAAUUUAAGACACUGUCUGAAAAAAACAUUAUCACUCAAAAGUUGCUCCAAGACUUCAAUCGUUUUCUUAAUACCACCUUCUCUUUCUUUCCACCUUUUGUCUCUUGUAUCCAGGACAUCAGCUGCCGGCAUGCAGCCCUGCUGAGCCUCGACCCUGCAGCCGUGAGUGCCAGCUGCCUGGCCAGCCUACAGCAGCCUGUGGGCAUUCGCCUGCUGGAGGAGGCUCUGCUCCGCCUGCUGCCCUCUGAGCUGCCUGCCAAGCGAGUCCGCGGGAAGGCCCGCCUUCCUCCUGAUGUCCUUAGAUGGGUGGAGCUUGCUAAGCUUUAUAGAUCAAUUGGAGAAUACGAUGUCCUCCGCGGUAUUUUUAGCAGUGAGAUAGGAACAAAGGAAAUCACUCAGAAUGCAUUAUUAGCAGAAGCCAGAAGUGAUUAUUCUGAAGCUGCUAAGCAGUAUGAUGAGGCUCUCAAUAAACAAGACUGGGUAGAUGGUGAGCCCACAGAAGCCGAGAAGGAUUUUUGGGAACUCGCAUCCCUUGACUGUUACAACCAUCUUGCUGAGUGGAAAUCACUUGAAUACUGUUCUACAGCCAGUGUAGACAGUGAGAACCCUCCAGACCUAAAUAAAAUCUGGAGUGAACCAUUUUAUCAGGAGACAUAUCUGCCUUACAUGGUCCGCAGUAAGCUGAAGCUGCUGCUCCAAGGAGAGGCUGACCAGACCCUGCUGACAUUUAUUGACAAAGCUAUGCACGGGGAACUCCAGAAGGUGAUUCUAGAGCUUCAUUACAGCCAGGAGAUGAGUCUGCUCUACCUCUUGCAAGAUGAUGUUGACAGAGCCAAGUAUUACAUUCAAAAUGGCAUUCAGAGUUUUAUGCAGAAUUAUUCUAGUAUUGAUGUCCUCUUACACCGAAGUAGACUUACCAAAUUGCAGUCUGUACAGGCUUUAACAGAAAUUCAGGAGUUCAUUAACUUUAUAAGUAAACAAGGUAAUUUAUCAUCGCAAGUUAACCUUAAGAGACUUCUGAACACCUGGACAAACAGAUAUCCAGAUGCUAAAAUGGACCCAAUGAACAUCUGGGAUGACAUCAUCACAAAUCGAUGUUUCUUUCUCAGCAAAAUAGAGGAGAAGCUUACCUCUCUUCCAGAAGAUACCAGUAUGAAUGUGGAUGAAGAUGGAGACCCAGAGUACGGGGGCGAAAUGCAAGAGCAGGAAGAAGACAUCAGCUCCCUGAUCAGGAGCUGCAAGUUUUCCAUGAAAAUGAAGAUGAUGGACAGCGCCCGGAAGCAGAACAAUUUCUCACUUGCCAUGAAACUACUGAAGGAGCUGCAUAAAGAGUCAAAAACCAGAGAUGAUUGGCUGGUGAGCUGGGUGCAGAGCUACUGCCGCCUGAGCCACUGCCGGAGCCGGGCCCAGUGCUGCUCUGAGCAGGUUCUCACUGUGCUGAAAACAGUCUCUUUGUUGGAUGAGAACGACGUAUCAAGCUACUUAAACAAAAAUAUUCUGGCUUUCCGUGAUCAGAACAUUCUCUUGGGUACAACUUACAGGAUCAUAGCCAAUGCUCUCAGCAGUGAGCCAGCCUGCCUUGCUGAAAUCGAGGAGGACAAGGCUAGAACAAUCUUAGAGCUUUCUGGAUCCAGUUCAGAGGAUUCGGAGAAGGUGAUUGCAGGUCUGUACCAAAGAGCAUUCCAGCACCUCUCUGAGGCUGUGAGGGCGGCUGAGGAGGAGGCCCAGCCUUCCUCCUGGAGCUGUGGGCCUGCAGCUGGGGUGAUUGAUGCUUACAUGACACUGGCAGAUUUCUGCGACCAACAGCUGCGGAAGGAGGAAGAGAAUGCAACAGUUAUUGAUUCUGCAGAACUGCAGGCGUAUCCAGCACUCGUGGUGGAGAAAAUGUUGAAAGCUUUAAAAUUAAAUUCCAAUGAAGCCAGAUUGAGGUUUCCUAGAUUACUUCAGAUUAUAGAACGGUAUCCAGAGGAGACCUUGAGCCUCAUGACAAAAGAGAUGUCUUCCGUUCCCUGCUGGCAGUUUAUCGGCUGGAUCAGCCACAUGGUGGCCUUACUGGACAAAGACCAAGCCAUUGCUGUUCAGCACACCGUGGAAGAAAUCACCGAUAACUACCCGCAGGCUAUUAUUUAUCCCUUCAUCAUAAGCAGCGAAAGCUAUUCCUUCAAGGAUACUUCUGCUGGUCAUAAGAAUAAGGAGUUUGUGGCAAGGAUUAAAAGUAAGUUGGAUCACGGAGGAGUGAUUCAAGAUUUUAUUAAUGCCUUAGAUCAGCUCUCUAAUCCUGAACUGCUCUUUAAGGACUGGAGCAAUGAUGUAAGAGCUGAACUAGCAAAAACCCCUGUAAAUAAAAAAAACAUUGAAAAAAUGUAUGAAAGAAUGUAUGCAACCUUGGGUGACCCAAAGGCUCCAGGCCUAGGGGCCUUUAGAAGGAAGUUUAUUCAGACCUUUGGAAAAGAAUUUGAUAAACAUUUUGGGAAAGGAGGGUCUAAGCUACCGAGAAUGAAGCUCAGUGACUUCAACGACAUUACCAACGUGCUGCUUUUAAAAAUGAACAAAGACUCAAAGCCCCCUGGGAAUCUGAAAGAAUGGUCGCCCUGGAUGAGCGACUUUAAAGUGGAGUUCCUGAGAAAUGAGCUGGAGAUUCCUGGUCAAUAUGACGGUAGGGGAAAGCCGUUGCCAGAGUACCAUGUGCGAAUCGCCGGUUUUGAUGAGCGGGUGACAGUCAUGGCGUCUAUGAGAAGGCCCAAGCGCAUCAUCAUCCGUGGCCACGAUGAGACGGAGCACCCUUUCCUAGUGAAGGGUGGCGAGGACCUACGGCAGGACCAGCGCGUAGAGCAGCUCUUCCAGGUCAUGAAUGGGAUUCUGGCCAGAGACUCUGCCUGCAGCCAGAGGGCCCUGCAGCUGAGGACCUACAGCGUGGUGCCCAUGACCUCCAGGUUAGGAUUAAUUGAGUGGCUUGAAAAUACUGUUACCUUGAAGGACCUUCUUUUGAACACCAUGUCACAAGAGGAGAAGGCGGCUUACCUGAGUGAUCCCAAGUCACCACCAUGUGAAUAUAGAGACUGGCUGACAAAAAUGUCAGGAAAACAUGAUGUUGGAGCUUACAUGCUAAUGUAUAAGGGAGCUAAUCGUACUGAAACAGUCACGUCUUUUAGAAAACGAGAAAGUAAAGUGCCUGCCGAUCUCUUAAAGCGGGCCUUCGUGAGGAUGAGUACAAGCCCCGAGGCCUUCCUGGCACUCCGCUCCCACUUCGCCAGCUCUCACGCUCUAAUAUGCAUCAGCCACUGGAUCCUCGGCAUCGGAGACAGACACCUGAACAACUUUAUGGUGGCCAUGGAGACCGGCGGCAUGAUCGGGAUAGACUUUGGUCAUGCGUUUGGAUCUGCUACGCAGUUUCUGCCGGUUCCCGAGUUGAUGCCUUUUCGGCUAACUCGCCAGUUUAUCAAUCUGAUGUUACCAAUGAAAGAAAUGGGCCUUAUGUACAGUGUCAUGGUACACGCGCUCCGGGCCUUCCGCUCAGACCCUGGCCUGCUCACCAACACCAUGGAUGUGUUUGUCAAGGAUCCCUCCUUUGACUGGAAAAAUUUUGAACAAAAAAUGCUGAAAAAAGGAGGAUCAUGGAUUCAAGAAAUAAACGUUACUGAAAAAAAUUGGUAUCCCCGACAGAAAAUAUGUUAUGCUAAGAGAAAGUUAGCAGGUGCCAAUCCAGCAGUCAUUACUUGUGAUGAGCUGCUUCUGGGCCACGAGAGGGCACCUGCCUUCAGAGACUAUGUGGCUGUGGCACGAGGAAGCAAAGAUCACAACGUUCGUGCCCGAGAACCAGAGCGUGGGCUUUCAGAAGAGACUCAAGUGAAGUGCUUGAUGGACCAGGCAACAGACCCCAACAUCCUUGGCAGAACCUGGGAAGGAUGGGAGCCCUGGAUGUGAGGUCUGUGGGAGUCUGCACAUAUAAAGCGUUACAUUGCUUAAAGAAUCUCCUAUACUUUCAUUGGCAGCAGUCCCUGAGCUGAUUUUCCUGAAGCACUAUAAGAGAAGAAAUCUGUUUUUGUGCUACAGUUUUGUAGCAUGAGUUUAAACAAGAUUAUGAUGAGUAAAUGUAUAUGGGUUAAAUCAAAGAUAAGGUUACAGUAACAUCAAAGAUUAGGUGAGGGUUAUAGAAAGAUAUAUAUCCAGGCUUACCAAAGUAUUAAGUCAAGAAUGUAGUAUCUGAUCAGCUUUCAGAGCAUUUACAAGUGCUGAAAGUUAGUGAAACAGCGGUAUGCAUAAACGGAGGAAACAUGGGGAAGCCUCGGAAUGCCCUUCUGGUUCUGGCACAUUGAAAGCACACCCAGAAGGCUUCAUCACCAAGAUUUGGGGAGAGUAAAGGUAACAGUAUAGUUGAUGUAACAUUGUAGAAGCAGUGUAGGAACAAUAAGAACAAUAGGUAAAGCUAUACUUAUGGCUUAUUAUAUUUAGAAAUGACUGCAUUUGAUAUUUUAGGAUAUUUUUCUAGGUUUUUUCCUUUCAUUUUAUUCUCUUCUAGUUUUGACAUUUUAUGAUAGAUUUGCUGUCUAGAAGGGAACGUCUUUGUUUAGGAGGGUAAAAACUUUGUUCUUAGCAUUCACUUUUGCUAUUCCGAUCUACAACUGGAAGAUACAUAAAAGUGCGUUGUAUUGCAAAUUUGGGAUAACUUCAGAAAUCCCAAGGUUGGUGUUAGGGAGAGCCCUAAGCAUUUCAGAUCCAGGAGCAUGAAAGAAAUCCCUAUUUGAAAUGAGUUCCUCAUUUGGAUAAAAGAAAGCAUGCAUUCUGGCACAACAAGAUCAAAUUAUGAAGUCCAAAAGUGGCUCCUUCCAUGUGCUGUCCAUGUCCCCCCUCCAGGCCUGUACUCCUGAACUCGUUUCUGGUUGGCUUUAGCUUUUCGUUGUUGUUGUUUUUUCCUUCUAACACUUGUAUUUGGAAACCCUUCUGUGAUUUUGAGAAGUAAUAAUCUUGAGUGUUUAAUAAAGUUUUUUUCCAAAA